GUCGAACACGAAGAGGGCGCUCUUCGGGCACGGGCAUAAGCCUCACAUUUCGCUGCCCAUGGGAGGGCCUCCAGCACCAAAACCUUCCAUGGGCGCAUCCCCCGUGAAAAAAGCAAAUCCCACGUCGUUUGGCGGCUC